AAAAAACAAAAAAAAAAAAAAAAACAAGGGAAAAAAAAGGGUAAUCCUCACGACGAGAAAAAAAGUCAAAAAAGCAAAGAGAAACGAAGGAAGACUUCCCUGCCGGUGGUCGCAGAUCAAGGCGCAGCCCGACUCUAAUAAUAUCCCACACUAUCAUUGUUCAUCCUUAAAAGCCUAUAUACCCCCCUCGUGUGCCCUUCCUUUCACCAUGUCUUCUGCCCAAGACGAAUUCAACCGCCUGGUGCAGUCCAAUCAGGAGAAGUACUCUACACAUCCUGAGGAUCGUGACAACGACUCGGAUCGCGAUUCCAAUCCUUCAGACGACGAGCAAGACCACCCGCAGUUCUCGGACUCCGAGGACCACGAUCCCACCAUGAGAACCGGCCCGUCCACCUACCAUGUCCCAAACAUUGUCUUUGAUGCCAACACCGGUCCCAAGGGUGUUAUAGCCGAUGCUCAGGCCUUCGAGCGCGCGCGUGCAAGCUCCUUCCGCAAAACACUGCAUCAUAAUGACCAUGCUAAAUACAUUGCCGACGACUCUCACCUUCUGCACAAUACUGCACCUCCGGAUGGCUCGCUCAGUGAUGAUGAUGAGGAACACUUCCUCCGCCAAUGGCGCGAGGAGCGCAUACAAGAACUGAGGAACCGCGGCUUCCGGCGGCCGAGUCCCCGGCGAAGAAUGUAUGGAUCGGUCGAUACAGUCGACGCAGUGGGGUACCUUGAUGCCGUUGAGAAAGUCACAUCCGAUACGGUAGUGGUCGUCUGUAUCUAUAAUCCCGAGUCAAAGACUAGCGCUCUAGUAGAAGACUGCCUGGAAGGCGUUGCGCACAGAAACCCAACCGUCCGCUUCGUUAAGCUCCACCAUGAAAUUGCCGAGAUGGAUCAUAUCAAGGCUCCGGCAUUGUUGGCCUACAGAGGUGGUGAUGUCUUCGAGACUAUCGUCGAGAUCGUCCGACAAAUCCCUAAAGGCCGCGACUGUACCUCCCAGACUUUGGAAGAUUUACUCAAACUAUACCGAGUGCUGUAAAUAUCCACGCAUUCAUACUAUUCUUAUGUGAAAACUACGGGUCGAAGUGCGCCGGGCGCUAUGACUUCCUCCAAUCUUAGCAUCAUUGUCGAGCGUUAGAAAUCCUUUUUUAUUACAGGCAGGCAGUGCCAUUACUUUGCUUGACUUUUUCAGCUGAAUGCAUAUACAAGGUGUUCCGGUUGGCGACGCAUUGUGGAUCUCAUACUUUUUUUUCUGGUUUUAUCUCGUUGUCCAGCCAUUUGGGUUUACGUGUGGAGUGAUUGAGCUUGAAGAUAUCCAACAUUGGUUCCGUUCCGAUAUGUCUAUAUUGCCUUUGUGGGGCUCCUUUGCAUAAAAUCUCACUAUGAUUGUUCCAAUUUCUUGUAUUAAGACCAAGUUGAUUUCAAAUAUUGGCGUAUGUCUCCGUAUUUCAUUAGCCGCAGACUUUCGUUAGCAAGCUUCUGAUCUCUGUCUUCAAGGAAUCCAGCAUCAAGGUGCAUCCUCCUGUUGGGUAGUGUCUUGGCUCGCGUAGGUAUAUUCGUUUCAUCCAUCCUCCGCACAACUGCGGUAACCUUCCGAUCCCUCUUCCUUUUGUCUUUU